AUGGAAACAGAUGUUGUUAAAAACACUGCUCCUCAAACAUACAUUGCAAGAAAGAGGAGAAAGCUUAUUCUUAAAGCAAAGAGGGAUUAUCGAAACCGUGUCAGAUCAAGCAACCUCACUUCCCAUUUAAAUCAUAAUUUUACAUCUUCUGUAACAUAUGAAACCACUAUUGAAACGGCUAUGGCUAGAAAGAGAAGGAAAAUAAUCUUGGAUAACAGAAAAAGAUUGAAAAAUUUGUUCAAUACUGAAGUUAGUAGGGUUCAAAAUAUGAACAACAUUGUUAUUCAAAGUCAGAACAUGGAUCAUGCAUCUACUUCAAAUUAUAAUAUGUCAAGUCAGUCCAUGGAUCAUCCAUCUACCUCAAAUCAUAAUGUGUCUGUUGAAUCUCAUUAUGAAGACAAUGAUGACUCCAACUCUGACAAUAAUUUAAAUUCUUCUAAUAGUUCCAGUUCUGACGAAGAUUCAGACCCGGCACAAUUACAGGAGGCCCAUCUUCAAGAAUAUUACGAUAUUGGCGACCAAAGUUAUGAAUGCGCACACUGCCAAGCAUGUAUGUGGUACCAAGAAAAAGUGAAUAGACACAAAAUUACAGCAACUCCUCGCUUUUAUCGUUGUUGCCGUGGAGGAAAAAUUGUUCUUCCGUUCCUUGAGCAACCUCCACAGGUGUUGCAAGAUCUUCUAUUUAAUAACACAUAUUCAGAUAGUAAAAACUACCAGGCUAACAUACGAACAUACAACGCAAUGUUCUCAUUCACUUCCCCUGGAAUGAAGUUCGACACAACAUAUUCUAAAAGAGGUGGACCCCCUACUUUGAGACUGCAGGGUCAGACCUGUCAUCGAAUUGGUACACUGCUGCCAGAAACAGGGCAACCUCCGCAAUAUGCUCAAUUAUACAUCUAUGACACGGACAAUGAAGUUGAACACAGAAUAAAAUGUUUCAAAAUAAACAAAAAAGGAGAGAAAAGCCUUGCUCAAAGAAUGCUAUCCAAGAACAAAAGCGUGAUCGCGGAGGGAGUUUUGCGGUCAAAGUUUGGUAGCGAUUCAAGCCAAGCAAUGUGUAGCAAUCGCUUCUCCGAAACCUCUUGGACCCGUGUUUACAACAAACCUACUGUCUCAGAAGUGGCUGCACUCAUUGUGGGAGACAUUGAUUCUGCUGAUAAAAGGGACAUCUUAAUUCAGCGCCGCAAUGGUGGUUUGCAACGAAUAGAUGAGUUUCACCCAGCAUAUUUGGCUUAUCAGUAUCCUCUUAUAUUUCCUUAUGGGGAAGAUGGUUACAGGAAAAAUAUAAUGCACAGAUAUCGCCAUGAAACUGAGGUCACUAAGAGAAACCGUCAAAGCAUUAAGGAUUGGUUUUCUUACCGGUUACAACAACGUCGCAAAGAGGCAAAAACACUACUUUACUCAAGACGCCUAUUUCAACAAUUCUUAGUCGACGGCUAUGCUAUGAUGGAAUCCGAACGACUGAAUUGGUUGAGAGAUAAUCAGUCGAAAUUAAGAGUGGGCAAAUAUAAUAAUUUGGCCGCUCAAACUGAUUGCGAUACAAGAAAUGAACACCAAAAGCGAGGAAAACGAGUUGUUCUGCCAUCAACAUUUGUUGGUAGCAAGAGAUAUAUGGAUCAAUUAUAUUUUGACGGUAUGGCCAUUUCAAGUCAAUUGGGAUUCCCUGAUUUAUUUGUUACUUUUACCUGCAACCCAAAUUGGCCUGAAAUUAAAAGAGCACUGUCAGGCACAGGUCUACAACCCCAUGAUAGGCCAGAUAUCAUUUCAAAAGUUUUCAAAAUAAAGUUUGAUACCCUCAUGGAUGAUAUUACAAAACACCAUGUCGUGGGAAAAGUGAUUGCAUAUAUGUACACCAUCGAAUUCCAAAAGCGCGGAUUGCCACAUGCUCACAUCUUGAUAUUCCUACACCCUAAGAGCAAAUACCCAACACCAUCCGACAUAGACAAGAUCAUUUCUGCUGAAAUUCCCGACCCGACUGUUCAUCCCAAUUUAUACAAAUUGGUUAGGGCACAUAUGAUGCAUGGACCCUGUGGGCUUGCUCGCGUGACCUCACAAUGUAUGAAGAAUGGACGAUGUUCUAAAUACUACCCCAAAAAGUUUAUUGAAGACACUAUUGUUGAUGCAGAGGGAUAUCCGCUGUAUAGGAGAAGAUCAAAAACCUUCACUAUUGAAAAAAAUGGCUAUGACAGAAUAACAGCAGCAGUUUCAACAAAUAGCAAUCAACCUGUUGAUGAGAUCCAACAAUAUCUCGACUGCAGGUAUGUCUCACCCAGUGAAGCAUGCUGGCGCAUUUACUCUUACAAUAUUCAUGGCAGAAAACCAGCUGUGGAACGUAUGUUCUAUCAUUUGGUUGGGGAGAAACCUAUAUACUAUACAGAUUAUGCACGCAUGGAAAAUGUGCUGGAAACUGCAAGUGUGACUGAAUCAAUGUUUACUGCAUGGCUGGUAGCAAAUGCUAAAUAUGAAGAGGCACAAACAUUAACUUAUGGUCAGUUUGUCUCAAAGUUUGUUUACCACAAAAAAAAGAGAGAAUGGAAACCGCGGAAAAAAGGCUUCACCAUUGGACGUCUCAUAUGGGUUCCGCCAACAACUGGUGAACUGUUUUACCUGCGCAUGAUGUUGACGGUGGCAAAAGGACCAACAACAUAUGAGGAAAUCAGGACCGUGGAUAACAUUCAGUAUGAUACAUUCAGAGAUGCAUGCUUUGCAAUGGGAUUUCUUGAAGACGACAAAGAAUACAUAGCUGCUAUAAAGGAGGCAAGUCAUUGGGGGACUGGUCAUUUUCUUCGAAAACUGUUUGUUAUCAUGCUUUUGUCUGGUGCUGUUAAUCGCCCUGCACAUGUUUGGGAACAAACUUGGCUCCUAUUAUCUGAUGGUGUCUUGCAUACACAAAGAGCAUUGGCUGCUAAUCCAGAAUUGGACCUCACACAAGAAGAGUUGCAAAAUUUGACUUUAAUAGAAAUUGAGAAACUGCUUCAGGCAAAUAGAAGGACACUAAAGGAUUUUAGUCCUAUUCCAUAUCCGGAUGCUUAUGUUCUUGAACAGUUGGGAAACAGGCUCAUAUAUGAUGAGCGUAAUUAUGAUACAGCAUCAAUGAACUCAGAAUUUGAAAAUCUGUUUGCUGCUCUUACAGGUAACUAUUGCCAAAGAAGUAUUUAUGAAAAAAUCAUCCACGCUGUGGAGUCUCAAAAACCUGCGGUUUUCUUCCUUCAUGGUUAUGGUGGUACCGGAAAAACAUAUAUGUGGAGAACACUCGCAGCUGCAUUAAGAUCAAAACACGAUAUAUGUUUAACUGUUGCAACUAGCGGUAUAGCAUCAUUGUUACUUCCAGGAGGUAGAACUGCCCAUUCAAAGUUCAGGAUACCGGUACCAACUAUGGAUAAUUCUACUUGCAAGGUUGAAUUCAAUGAUGAUGUCGCAGACAUGUUACGACAGACAAAGCUUAUAAUAUGGGAUGAGGCACCAAUGGCGCAUAAGUAUGCAAUAGAAUCGCUUGACAGAACUUUGAAAGAUGUUAUGAGUGCAGACAAAAAUUCAACUGAUGUAUUCGGUGGAAAGGUUGUUGUUUUCGGGGGUGAUUUCAGACAGAUUUUACCUGUCGUCCCCAGAGGCAGUCGUUCCGAUAUUGUACACUGUGCCAUAAAUGCAUCUUACAUAUGGCAUUCAGUUGAGGUAUUAACAUUGACAAGAAACAUGCGGCUACGAACAGGAUCGACACAGACUGACAAAAAUGAGAUAGCACAGUUUUCAGAUUGGCUUUUAAGAAUAGGAGAGGGCCGAAUAUCUGAGCCUAAUGACGGCACCGCCGAAAUCAACAUACCACCUGAUAUUCUGAUAACAGAAUUUGAUGAUCCAAUCGUGGCCAUUGUCAAUAGCACAUACCCUGAUUUCAUAAAUAAUUUCCAAUGUGUAGAUUACCUUAAAAGUCGAGCGAUACUUGCCUCUACACUGCAGAUUGUUGAUCAGAUCAAUGACCAUAUACUUAGCUUGAUGCCAGAGAUUCGUGACUACUACAGCGCAAAUUCAGUUGACAAGUCUGAGAUUCAUGACCCAGCAGUAGUUGAUAUCCUCACACCAGAAUUUCUAAGUUCCCUCCGAACAUCAGGAUUGCCAAACCAUCACUUAAAACUAAAGGUUGGGACACCUAUAAUGCUCAUGAGAAAUAUAGAUCAGGCUGAAGGUUUAUGUAACGGCACAAGGCUGUGUAUAACAAAGAUGGCAGCCCAUGUACUGGAGGCUUCAAUAAUGGGUGGUAAAGGUAUGGGAAAUUUGGUUUACAUACCUCGAAUGGACAUGUCACCAUCCCAAUCACCAUGGCCAUUCAAACUGAAUAGGAGACAGUUCCCUAUUAUAGUUUCCUAUUCUAUGACAAUUAACAAAUCACAGGGACAGUCCUUGGAUAACGUUGGUUUGUACUUACCGAAAGAUGUAUUCACACAUGGCCAGAUCUAUGUCGCAUUGUCAAGAGUAACAACAAAAAAGGGAAUCAAAAUACUGAUACAUGAUGAAGAAAAGAAAUUCAGAGAGAAAACUACAAAUGUUGUCUAUAAAGAAGUAUUUAACAAUGUCUAA